GAUUAGUUUGACAAACAUUGUUCAAAACAAAUGAACCGAACCUGUGAACUGUGGACCCUGAUAGUGACAGUAGAAAAUCAUAAUGCAUUCCCUUCUUCGGUUUCGUCGAUGUUUCACUCAGCAGCUAAAACAGAUAUUUUAUAAAAGAUGCUACACAGUUGACACCUCAGAUGACACAAAAGAUGUUAUUUUUGGACCAGAACAUCAUCAGUUUAGGGAAACUUUAAACAAGAUCAUAGAGAAGGAGAUAAAUCCAUAUGUGGAUCACUGGGAGUCGGAAGGUUUGUUUCCCGCUCACAAAGUCUUUAAAAAGCUUGGAGAGGCUGGUUUCCUCGGUGUAACAAGACCAACAGAAUAUGGUGGCUUGGGUUUAGAUUACACAUACAGUAUAGCUGUUGCUGAGGAGCUCGGAAAUAUCAACUGUGGGGGAAUCCCCAUGGCGAUCGGGGUUCAGACUGACAUGGCCACACCUGCUCUUGCAAGAUUUGGAAGUGACAAACUGAAGGAGGAGUUUCUGGCUCCCUCCAUUGCCGGUGAUUUGGUGGCGUGUCUGGGAGUCAGUGAGGUUACUGCUGGAUCUGAUGUGGCUAACAUUCACACUAAGGCAGUGAAGAGUGGCGAUGACCUCAUCAUCAAUGGCGGGAAGAUGUGGAUCACGAACGGAUGUCAGGCCGACUGGAUGUGUUUACUCGCCAGCACCGGGGACGGGAAAGCUCACCAAAACAAAUCACUCAUUUGUCUGCCCAUGAAUCUUCCAGGUAUCACAAUAGCAAAGAAGAUAGACAAACUUGGUAUGUGGUGUUCCGACACUGCACAGAUUUUCUUUGACAAUGUCCGGGUUCCCCAAAGUCACAUCAUCGGGGAGGAAGGGAUGGGCUUUGUCUAUCAGAUGUUACAGUUUCAGGAAGAGAGGCUGUGGGGAACCGCUGCAGCUCUCAUGCCGAUGGAAAAGAUAAUUCAGCAAACAGCAGAAUACACCGCUCAGCGACAAGCAUUCGGAAAGCCGUUGCUUAGCAACCAGGUUAUCCAUUUCCGACUGGCGGAGCUGGCGACAGAUGUAGAAAUGUUGCGGUCCAUGUUGUACAGAGCUAUUUAUCAGUAUGUCCAUGGUAACGAUGUAACGAAGCUGGCGUCGAUGUGUAAGCUUAAAGCCGGUCGACUAGUGAGAGAAGUGAACGACUCCUGCCUACAGUACUGGGGAGGCAUGGGUUUCACUAACGAGGUGCUCGUCAGUCGCUUUUACAGAGACAUGCGAGUGAUUUCAAUAGGCGGAGGUGCUGAUGAAAUAAUGCUGUCAAUUAUAUGUAAACACAUGGAUAUUCUUCCACGACAGAAAAAAGGUUAAAAAUAAAAUUGACUAAACUUGUUCAUAGAGACCACUAAAGGAUAUACAACAGGUGGACGUUAUACAGAGGUCAAACGAGGAAUUUGUGUACAGCAGGUAGUGGUCACAAGUGCAGUUUGUACUCAGGUGGUCUUUGGUAUAAGGUUCCUUUUAAACAGAAGGGAAUUAUCUAAGUGUUGUUUAUAGACAGGUGGUCUUCAUUACAUGAUUCCCUUGAAACAAUCAGAUUGAUUACAGAUUGAAGGGAAUUAUCUCAAGUGUCCUGUAUGGACAGGUAGCUGUAGUAAUUUAAACUGUAUUGAUUACAAAUUGGCUUGCCAAAAAUAAUCACAGGUGGUGAGUUGGGGGGGGGGGGGGGGGGGGGGGGUUUUAAGCAGAAUUAAAAUUUUGAAGGCACAAUAGUAUCCGUUCUCCAGCUUGUCAAAAUAGGCACAUUUAAACCAAAACAGGCAUUUGUUAUGUAUUUUGAGGUGGGCAAGGAUCCCUACACCCCCCCCCCCCCCCCCCCCCCCCCCCCCCCCACCUUUGACCAGUUGAAAAUGUUGAAAGUAAUAAAGUUUCCUUGUUUUUGUUUUAUUUAUUGAUUCUUGACUGAAAUAAUCCACUGUCAUUAGGAAAUACACAUGUAUGUGUUCUGUUGCUUUUCACACUAAUGCAAAAAAAAACAAUUUAGCGCACCUGUCUGGGAACAAGCAUAUUUCUACCCCUAUAGGGUAUUUAAUUCAGAACGUCUUGAGACUACAGAAAAUUAUUAUGAUAAUGAUGAUGCAUUUUUGAUUAUGCAGUGAAACCUCUCAAAACUGGACCCUCUUUAAACCGGAAUUCCCCCCAAAUCAGACAUUUUUAUAGUCCUUUUUUUUUUAAAUUCACUACAUAAAUUAACCUCUCUAAACCAGAUACCUUGGUUCUAAGGGUGUCCGGGUUAGAGGGGUUUCAAUGUACUAAGACAAUUUUUUUUUAGCAAGUUGGUACUACUGCAUUGUUGUUUACAAAUACAACCUAUACAUUCAAUAACAUGACAGUUACGAAAUUCCCCCCCCCCCCCCACACACACACACACGCACGCACAUCCCAGUAUAAAGAAAGAAAAA